AGACGUACGGCGGCGAUCACAGGCCGCCGAGCAUGGGCGCUGAAAUGCACUACGAGCUCGCUGCGAUGGAGGGCCCGUACGCUGACCCGAACGCCUUCUCGUGCGACCCGGACUCGCUGUCCACGCAACAGCUCGACGCGCGUUUGCUACUGUGGUACCGGCAGUGCCUCCCCAAGCCGCCGCAAUGGCGCGCCGACCCAAAGCUCAAGCAGCAGCCCUGGCGCGGCGCCGAUGGGCAAGAGCUGCUGCUGCCGCAGUGCUGGCCGUCGCAUUGGCUGACGCGCGCGCGGCUGCUCGGCGCGCGGCGCGGCGUCGCGCUGACGCUGCGCGAGGCGGACGCAGAGGCGCACGGCGAGGCGCCGCACGCGCCGCAGCUCGUCGCGGACGCAAAGUUCGCGUUCGAGGUGGCGCUGCGCGAGCAGCAGCCCGCAGGCGCUCUCUAUGAGAGCUACCGCCGCCUAGCGGCGGCUCUCGCGCACUCGCGGCGCACUCGCGCGGGGCUCGCGCUCCGCCACCUGGCCCUUUGCCCGGCGUGCAGCGACGCCCUCUGCCUCCCGGCCGUGACGCGCUACACGCUGCCGCCCGUGGUGCAGCGCGCCGGCUGCAGCGAUUGCGACUACUUGGCGAUGCGGCGCAUGCUCGCCGCCCGCACGUCGUCGUACAACGAGUGCACCGCGAAGGACGCGGCGGAGUGGCUGCGCGGGCUCGAGCAGGCUGACGCCGUCAAGCACGCGUGGGGCGUCGUCGUCGUCGACGCCAUCAACCGCCCGCCCCACGCGGCGACGCGGCUCGCCAUCAUGGAGGGCACGUUCGACCACGACUCCUUUGCCGCGUUCCUGCGGGCGACGCCCGGCGUGGCCGUGCCCUACUGUGGGGCGCAUGGGCCGCCGCGGUCCGCGGCGGACGAUGCGCCGAUGCCGGGCGCGCCACCGGGCGCGCCGAUGCCGGGCGCGCCGAUGACGGACGCGCCAAUCCCGGGCGAGCCGCCGGCCCCGGCGGCGGCGGAGGAUGCGCCGAUGCCGGGCGGCGGGCAGGACGCGCACCGUAACGGCUGCGCGUGCCCCGGGGGCUGCCU